AUAGUCGUCUAGGAAGUUUCAAGUAAAAUUGGAACGCAAUCCUUGGGCCUAUACAAAUUUUCUGUGGGCUGUUAAUAGGGAAAACAUUUGACUUGACUGACUUGAGCCAAAACCAUGGGCCUAAAGCCUCUUGUUUUCUUUGACUAGAAGAUAGUCAAUUUUGACUUUGGAAUGUUCCAAGAAGUAUUUCUGUAUACCUUAUCCAUAAUCCAACACACGCCUUUACACUAAUCUAACUAUCUAAGUCAUGAUGAGCUGGGCCUUUGUGGAGACAAAGAACAAGCUCAAUAGCAAGGAUUGGGCCAGGCUAGUGCAGCCCAUGUUGUCAUGUAGUCCUGCACAUCCAAGCAACAAACCCAAAAUGAUUGUGGGCUUCUUCUUCUUAUAGUGUAGGCCCAGCACUGUGAAUCUAGAAAUUUUGUUUAUGAAGCAUUCAAGUCGAAAGCAAACAAACUGUUUCAGUGUUACUUGGCCUUGACUCUUCCUUGACAGCGCCACCUAUUGCUUGUCUCUUCAAAAGAUGGAAUUUUUACACUAUCUAGACUGGUGGGAUGUUGUACUCAGACAACUUUCAAGUCUCCAGAUACUUCCCAACAAACCAUUGCUUCAAGUUAUGGGAAGUUGGAAAACAGAAACACAUGGAAAUAACUAAAAACUACUUAACAACCAGUAGGUAAGCCAUCCUCCACAACAUAUAUGCAGUAGCUUUGGCUUUUUCUUCUUAGCUGCAGAACAACUGCAUUAAGGCUCAAGACAUUGCGACUCGGAAGAAUUCAAUGGCAGAGAGGAGAGUUUAUAUCAUCCUUUUCUUGUUUCUGGGACUGAUUUCAUAUGCAGCUGCAUAUGAUCCAUUGGAUCCAAAUGGAAACAUUACAAUCAAAUGGGAUGUAAUGUCUUGGACAGCAGAUGGUUAUGUAGCUACUGUAACAAUGAACAAUUUCCAAAUGUACCGGCACAUCAUGAGCCCGGGUUGGACCUUAGGCUGGACAUGGGCUAAGAAAGAAGUCAUAUGGUCUAUUGUGGGUGCACAAGCUACUGAACAAGGUGACUGCUCCAAGUUCAAAGGAAACAUACCUCAUUGUUGCAAGAAAACACCAACAGUGGUAGACUUGCUCCCUGGCGUCCCAUACAAUCAGCAAUUCACAAACUGCUGCAAAGGUGGAGUUGUAGCAUCAUGGGGUCAAGAUCCUUCUGCAGCUGUCUCACAGUUUCAGAUUAGUGUUGGGUCAGCAGGAACAUCAAACAAGACUGUCAAACUUCCCAAGAAUGUCACUCUGCUCGGUCCGGGACUCGGGUACACUUGUGGCCCUGCAAAGGUUGUGCCUCCCACUACUUUCCUUACUACCGAUCGCCGCCGGAAAACUCAAGCCCUAAUGACAUGGAAUGUUACCUGCACUUAUUCACAGUUCAUGGCUAGAAAACACCCGAGCUGCUGCGUCUCUUUCUCUUCUUUCUACAAUGAGACAAUCACUCCAUGUCCCUCCUGUGCUUGUGGUUGUGAGAACAAGAACAAAUGUGUCCAGAGUGACUCUAAAAUCCUUAACAUGGUGGGGAAAAACACUCCGCGAAAGGAUGGCACGCCAUUACUGCACUGCACACACCAUAUGUGCCCCGUUCGAGUGCACUGGCAUGUGAAGGUUAACUACAAGGAGUAUUGGCGUGCAAAGAUUUCAAUCAAUAACUUCAAUUACCGGAUGAACUACUCACAAUGGACUCUUGCUAUCCAGCAUCCGAACCUAAACAAUGUAACACAAGUUUUCAGCUAUGAUUAUAAGCCUCUGGUUCCCUACAGUUCCAUUAAUGAUACAGGAAUGUUCUAUGGCAUGAAAUUCUAUAAUGACCUGCUAAUGGAAGCUGGACCAUUAGGAAGUGUACAAUCAGAGGUGCUUCUACAGAAGGACCAGAAUACCUUCACAUUCAAGCAAGGAUGGGCUUUUCCAAGGAAAGUUUAUUUUAAUGGUGAUGAAUGCAUGCUACCACCACCAGAAACAUACCCAUAUCUACCAAGCUCUGCACAUGGACACCCACUACUUAGCUUCUCUACAUUGAUAUGUGCCCUGCUAUUCCUAUUGCUCACAAUCUGAUAAAAUGCAAGAGCCUUGGAAGUUUUGUAGACAGAUUUGUCGGAGAUAACUGGAAAACACAAGGACAGAUCAAUAUUCUUUGAAAGAAACAAAAUAGCCUUGCACACUGUUGUAUUGGUACAUAUUGGAUAAACCCAAAGUGAGCUUAGAGUCACUUGUAUGGUCAUGUAA